AUGGCCAGUUUCCCAGUAACCAACGGCGUGACGACCAUUAUCCCACCACCUGAAAACUAUAUGGUGGACUUCGAGAACCCGAAAACUCAACAUACCUUGGAGCAUUUUAUGAUAUUCGGUUUUCUGGGAUCACUAGCAUUCAUUUGCUUAGUGCAACGACUCUAUACGAAACAUUACAUUGUCGGUGGUCUCCGGGUGGAUGACUACCUCAUUACCGGUGCCUGGAUAGCGUCUUUGAUAAUGGAGUCGGUUCAAAUAUGGUCCAUAUCUAUUGGGGGUUUGUGUCAUCACGCCUGGGAGAUGCCUAUUGAAGUUUACGAAAAGCACAUGAUUACCUCGUACAUCGCGGCGCCGGUAUUUAUCUUUUGCAAUGGCCUGAGUAAAACGUCUCUUCUUACAUUUUAUCUUCGGAUUUCGGCACAGAGGGUUUUCAUAAUUACCAUUUGGGCGACGAUGACCAUCGUGGCCUGCUACACAAUUGUUAUUGCUGCCUUGCUUCUGUUCGGAUGCCGUCCAAUCUCCGCUUCCUGGGACCCAAAUGUCAUGGCCAGUGCCAAGUGUGUUGACGUGGCGGCUCUCUAUAUCGCUAUUGCAAUUGCCAACAUAUUUUCUGACGUCGUUCUAUUCAUCAUUCCCAUCCCGACCGUUAUGCGCCUCAAGAUGCCUUUGGCUCAGAAGCUGGGGGCCAGUCUGAUGUUCGGAAUCGGAUCAGUCACUAUUGCUACGUCUAUUGUUCGUAUGGCAUACCUCCCUUCGCUCUUACACACAAACGACAUCCCGUGGGUGGCUGCGCCGGCCAACGUCUGGGUCUUCAUUGAAGCCAAUCUGUUCAUCAUCUGCGGCUCCAUGCCCACGUUCAGAAAAUUCUUCCAAAAGUUCGCCCCGAAAUGGCUGGGGAGCAGUUACGGAUCGCAGAAUCACCCGUCGAGAGGAAACACAUACAAGAUGUCGGGCAGUGUGGUGUCUCGCCAGCAUCGCACGGGCUACUCACAAUUCGACGAUGCAGAAUCGGAUUCACUAUCAGCUAAGGAGCUUCAGCAGCUGUCUGACGCGACUGGAAAAAGAUAG